GGUCGAACAGACGACACAGAUUGACAAAAAGCGUUUGAACUUUAAGAUUUUACUUUAGAACGAAAUGUUGUCGUUUUUAUUUCUUCUUGGACUGCAUAUAGCGUGUCAUGGCAGCAUAAUACCAGACUUUGUUACAUUAAAUAAAGACUCUGAGAAGUAUUUUUAUUUUCCCGGCGAUGGAGAUAAUUUAUUACAUUUUGUGAAUAUAGAGGAAACAGUUGAUGUGAAAUUUAUUGAAGAACUAACAAGAGGACCAAGAAAAUAUUCUUAUUGGCUGUUUACGAGAGAAAACCCAACAACACCCAAUAUACUGAUUUAUGAAGAUACUGAGUCUAUUUUGGAAUCGAACUUCAGUAAACAUAAAGAUACUGUGUUUUUAGUACACGGUUGGUUUGGCAAUGGAGUAAAUGAAAUGAACUUGAUGCUAACCGAUGCAUUUUUAAAAGAUGGCGAUGUAAAUGUAAUUGUUCUGGAUUGGAGUUCGUUAGCAACUAAAAACUAUGUAACAGCCAAGAGAGGUGUGCCAGUUCUUGGAGAAAGUCUCGGAGAUUUUAUCAGAUGGCUGAACAUGAUGGAUGUUUCUUUUGAUAAGAUACAUUUAGUUGGCUUCAGCUUAGGAGCUCAUCUUGUUGGCAAUGCAGGAAGAACCGUUGGAGGUCAAGUCAAGCGGAUAACAGGACUUGACCCAGCUGGCCCGCUGUGGAGAAAUGAUGAGAAUAAAUUAAGACGAACAGAUGCACUAUAUGUUGAAGUCAUUCAUACAAACGCAGCACUCUAUGGUAUUACUGAGACCUGCGGUGAUGUGGAUUUCUAUCCUAACGGCGGAUCAAGCAUGCCUGGUUGUUGGUUCAAUGUUUGCUCUCACAGUAAAGGGUACGAAUAUAUGGCAGCUUCCGUCCUACACGACCAUUUAGUGGGAAACGAAUGUGAUGACAUCGAGCACGCAUAUAAUGAUGAAUGUUUUGGGGAAGUUUACCCAAUGGGUAACAGCGAUUUGAAGAAGUUUAGGUCUGGUAUAUUUCGAGUAAACACAGGAAAAGUGUUUCCAUUUUGAAGUAUUUGUUAUUUCACAAAUGUUUAUUACUGUAGCAAAAUAAGAUUACAUGUAUCGAAUAUUUAUGUGAUUCGUGUCAAAGUGACAUAAAAAACAAAUGAUAAUAU